AUGAUGUCCCACUUCCUCGGCCACCCCCUGCGCUUCGCCAUAUCUACCCUCAAGGCAACGUGCAUCACUCACCUCACCUUCACCCACCUGCUCCAGGUUUCCCCGGCCCAAGGCCCCUCGAUGCUGCCCACCUUUUCCGUCGACGGUGACUGGAUCGUCGCCGACAUGACGUCGCGCCGCGGCAGGGGGGUCUCCGUCGGCGAUCUCGUCCUCUACAAGAUCCCCAUCUUUGCCGCCCAGCAUGGCGUCAAGCGCGUCGUCGCCAUGCCCGGGGACUACGUCUCUCUCGGGACGCCCGGGGAGAGAGGCGAGGAGCAGAUGAUUCAGGUUCGGCCGAUUCCCUCCCCGUGCCUUUUACCCUCCCGUGAGUCGCGGCAAUCUGACGGACGGAACGGUCAGGUUCCCGAGGGCCAUUGUUGGAUUGUGGGCGACAACUUGCCUGCCUCCAGGGACUCUCGUCAGUUUGGUCCCCUGCCCCUCGCCCUCGUCCAAGGGAAAAUCAUCGCCAAGAUCUUGCCCUGGAAGGAGAAAAGUUGGAUGAGCAACAAUGUCGGGCUGGUGCAGGAAUCCUAA